GAGAGAGACAGAGAAUUGGGUCCCUAUUCACUGAUUCAUCCACCAACACUUCCAAGCCAUGGCGAUUUCAGGUUCAGACUCUCACUCUCAGUCUCAGUCUCAGUCUCCAUCCUCUGCUGCUGUCACCAAACCAGUCUCUCAGGUGCCUGUGGUGGUCGAGGUUGAGUCUGUCCAAUGCGACUCAUGCGGCUUCACUGAGGAAUGCACCCCUGCAUACAUCUCCCUCCUCCGCCACCGAUUCCAUGGCCACUGGCUCUGCGGCCUCUGUGCCGAGGCUGUCAAGGACGAGGUCACGCGAUCGCAGAAGCUGAUCACCAUGGAGGAAGCCGUGGAGCGCCACAUCAGUUUCUGCAGGGAGUUCCGAUCAUCCUCAUUGUCUCCCAAAACAGAGCACCCGAUUUUUGUCAUGGGAAGGAUCCUUCGCCGGAGUUUGGACUCGCCGCGGCAUCUCCGAUCAAGCUCGAGUGGAGCGCUCAAUGUUGGUAGGGUUCGUGGUUCGUCUCUGCUCCGAUCAGAGAGUUGCUUCCCAUCCAUUGGUUAAUGCAGGUCUUAUGAUUUUCUCUGUGUAUGUGAUGAUGAUAGAUUGAUAGGUGGUGAAAUCUAUAGCAAGAGGCUCUCUAACAUUUGAAUUUUCUGUUUUGAUGAUGCAUGGAUAGAUGUGAAUUGUUGAUGAUGACUUAACUGUUAGUUGUGUUGUUAAUAGAGCUAAACUUGUAGAUUUCUUAUGAAACUCUGAAUUAUUGUUGUUCAAUCUGUCUCAUAAUUUUGCCUUAUAUGUUGUUGA